UCCAAAGAGUUAGCAGCACUGCUUAGCAGUCCAUAAAUGAAUAGAUAAUUGACAUUAGAUACUUGAAAAGUGAAAAGUGCAGAAAUAUCUGCGAAAUAAAAAUAAGCAAAAAUAAGAUUUUAAUAAAUUUUAAAGGUUGUAAAUACUACAUAUAGCCUACUUCUGGGCUGGAAGCCACAAGUGCUUUGGGAUUCAUCAAGUGAAAAAGAAAAAAAAAAAACACCAUAGAAUAGUUUUAUUGCCUAGCGACUUGCACAUUCGAUUUGCCAAGAUUAUAUAAUUUAGAAAAAAAUAGCAACAUUGAAGGCCUUCAAAAUAGGACUCGCCGAGACUGCGAUUUUGGAUAUGAUGGCUGCGAAUGUACAACAGCAGCGUGUGAUAAACGAGCAAUUGAGGCGGGAAGCGGAAAUUCCACGAAUAAGAAUUUCCGAGACCUGCAUGCUAAUGUUGAAAUAUGUGGCAGACCAUGAAAACGAAGAUUAUCUAUUGAGGGGAUUCAGUAGUCCCAAGUUAAAUCCCUUCAGGGAGAAGAGUUCAUGCAGUGUGCUGUAAACAUUUGCGAACGCACACACACACACACACACGCAUAUGUUGCUCAACAACACCUAAAACAAAUGUUCCUCUUAUUAUGUAACUGUUGCGGUAACCAACACAGCCCAGCUCUGUGUGUCUAUAAAAAGGGAAGAAGAAGAAAACCAAGGGCUUAUAGGAACUCAAUUAUUUUGCCAGUAGUGAAAAACGAAAUUAGCCACCAGUAUUUGGGAAAAACUAACUAACUAACAAACAAACAAGCAGUAUUUGUAAGGCCCCAUGAGCCAAAAAAAAAAAACAAC